CAUCUUGGAGCCACGGCCGAGGAGGGGGCCAAGCGGGGAAAAGAGAGGGAAAAGAGCCGGGAGCGAGGCGGACGAGGGCGAGGGGACGGCGCGGUCCCGGCCGGCCAAAGGAGGCUCGCAGAAGCGGCAGCCCGUCGCCCGACCGCAGCUGGAUUGUGACUAUUGAUCCAGAAGACUAUUGAUUUCAAGAACUGAUUGGAAAGAUUGGCUCUGCCACUAACAGCCAUGUAACCUUGGAUAUGGAAGAAAGCAGCAGCGUUGCCAUGUUGGUGCCAGAGAUUGGAGAGCAGGAGUCUGUGUUAACUGCUGAAGGGGUCCUCAGUCCUUCCCCGGAAGCUGACGAACAAAGAAAAGCCAAAGCGGAUCCAUUGGUCCAUGUUAUCCAGAAGUUAAGCAAGAUAGUAGGGCAUGAAAAGUCACAAAAAUGUCUUCUGAUUGGGAAAAAGCGCCCACGUCCAAGUGUGAUGCCACACUCUCUUGAAAACCCAGAGAACUGUGAGAUUCCAGCUAAAGCAGCAGAGUCCCCUGCUGCUGAGGUUAGGAAAGCUCAGAUGUCACAAGCAAAUUCCACUCCAGACUCUCUUCCCUCAGUUGAUGGAAAGGCUAUGUCCUACCAGUGUAGCCUUUGUAAGUUCCUGUCGUCAUCCUUUUCUGUGUUGAAAGAGCACAUCAAGCAGCACGGGCAGCAGAAUGAUGUGAUGCUAAUGUGCUCAGAGUGCCACGUCACCUCCAGAAGCCAGGAGGAGCUCGAAGCUCAUGUAGUGAAUGAGCACGAAAACAGUGCCAACAGUCAUGCCCAGUCUAGCUCCCAUGUGGGAGCCAUUGAAAGAAAGGGUGAGACGGUGGUAGACAUCCCAGUGAGCAUGGGCAGUCCACAGACCCAUGCUGUCCAAAGUGCGGCUGUGGCCGAGGCAGGCAGGAGGAAGUGGUAUGCCUAUGAGCAGUAUGGCAUGUACCGGUGUUUGUUCUGCAGCUACACCUGCGGCCAGCAGCGGAUGUUAAAGACACAUGCUUGGAAACAUGCAGGGGAAGUUAACUGCUCCUAUCCAAUCUUUGAGAAUGAACACGAGCCCCUCGGCCUUCUGGCUUCUUCUGUGUCUGCUGCAUCUGGUGGGGUUGAUGCAGUUGUCAUUGCUAUUGGGGACAGUGAGCUGAGCAUCCACAAUGGGCCAUCUGUACAAGUACAGAUUUGCAGCUCUGAGCCACCCUCAUCUUCAUCUCCUUUAGAUCAGAGCACAGAGGAGGGAGUACACCUAAGCCAGUCAGUCACCCUGGAGCCUAACGAGGAGGAAAUGCUGGAGGUGAUGUCUGAUUCCGAGGAGAAUCUGUUUGCUGAUAGUUUGCUCUCAUCAGCACAGAAAAUCAUUAGCAGUAGCCCAAAUAAAAAAGGUCAUGUGAAUGUCAUUGUGGAACGGUUGCCAAGUGCUGAGGAAACCCUCCCGCCAAAACAUUUCCUCAUGAGUGCUGAAAUGGAAGAGGGCAAGGGCCUGAGUCCUGCUGAAGCCCAGACAGGGUGUGGAGGACCAGGAGAUAUCUACCAUGCUGAUAAGUGUACUGUUGACAUUGAGGGGGUGAUCAUCGGCUGGAGCAGUGCAGAGAAGAAGGACACUGAGCUGAGCAAGGGCCUGACUACUGAUGAGAAUGCGCCGCCAGGGCGGAGAAGGACAAAUUCGGAGUCUCUCAGGCUGCACUCCUUAGCUGCAGAAGCCCUUGUCACCAUGCCGAUAAGAGCUGCUGAACUAACAAGAGCCAGCCUUGGGCAUUAUGGGGACAUAAACCUUUUAGAUCCAGACACUGGACAAAGGCAGGUCAGUGGGCCCUUGGCAGCAUACUCCAAAAAAAUCAUGUCUCCUCUUAAGAACUCUUCAGAUGGAGUAACAAGUUUUAACCAAAGCAAUUCCACUGUGGUAGCGCUCCCAGAGGGAAGGCAGGAGUUGUCAGAUGGUCAAGUUAAGACAGGCAUCAGUAUGUCCCUUCUUACCGUAAUAGAAAAACUGAGAGAAAGGACAGACCAAAAUGCAACAGAUGAUGACAUUUUGAAAGAGUUGCAGGACAAUGCCCAGUGCCAGCCCAACAGUGAUGGGAGUUUGUUGGGGUCCAGUGUGGUGGAGUACAUCCCAGAUGCUGAGCGGCCCUACCGAUGCCGCCUGUGCCACUACUCGAGUGGCAACAGGGGCUACAUCAAGCAGCACCUGCGUGUUCAUCGACAGAGGCAGCCUUACCAGUGUCCUAUCUGUGAGCACAUAGCCGAGAACAGCAAAGACUUGGAAAGCCACAUGAUCAACCACUGUAAGACCAGAAUACACCAGUGUAAGCAGUGCAAAGAGUCUUUCCAUUACAAGAGCCAACUAAGGAAUCAUGAGAGAGAGCAGCACUGCCUGCCCAACACCUUGUCAGUAUCUUCGAAUGAGCCAAGAAUUUGCCGUGAUGCCGCUGAUGGAAAGUGUGUUCAGGAAGGGAGCAAGUCUUCAACCCAGAAACAGUAUAGGUGUGAUACGUGCGAUUACACAAGUACAACAUAUGUCGGAGUCAGAAACCACAGACGAGUCCAUAACUCAGAUAAGCCAUACAGGUGCUCCUUAUGUGGGUAUGUGUGCAGUCACCCCCCUUCCUUGAAGUCACACAUGUGGAAGCAUGCGAGUGACCAGAACUACAACUACGAGCAGGUUAACAAGGCCAUCAACGAUGCAAUCUCACAAAGCGGCAGAGUUCUGGGGAAAUCUCCUGGGAAAGCGCUCUUAACCAGCAGUGAAGAGAGAACUGACCCUACCACAGGCAGUCCAGAAAACUUGGCAUCGUCCUCAGACCUGCCUUCUCAGCCAUCUGGUGAAGUCAUAGAUGUCAGUGAGCUUGAGAAACUGAGCCCCACAGGCAGCAGCUCUGACAUCUCUGGAAGGAGCUGCAACCUGACUGCACCGGGCACUGAGUACUGCGUGUUGCUCUUCUGCUGCUGCAUCUGCGGCUUCGAGUCAACCAGCAAGGAAAGCCUCCUCGAGCACAUGAAGGAGCAUGAAGGGGAGAUCGUCAGCAUCAUCCUGAACAAGGACCACAGCACAGCCCUGAACGCCAACUAGCUGGGAGGGCCGGGGAGGACCCUCCGAACCGCAGGACAGCCUCGGUGCCAUCGCCAGCUCACGGAAACCAAGGCGGCAGGUGGCGUGGCUGGAACUCGGUGCUUGAGUGGCGACACUGAGCCGUGACCCUAUGGGAGCCUCUGUCGUCCCUUCUUAGUGUCAGGCGUUUGGCUAAAAGCUUACUUAGUUCAGGAUCUGCAAAUAGAUGAGUUGAGAAGGCUCCCCAGAGCUGCACUGGCUAGUACUGCAGUGGCUGGGGCUCGUGGGGAAAGCAGCAAAUGGAAAAGGUUAGCUUACGCUGUUGCCAGUGGCCAGAGCACUGUGAAAUAAGCAGUACAGAGAUUUCCGCUCUCGAGAGCAGUGGGGCUGUGGGAUGGGCUUCAUAAAUCUUUUCCUUGUGUUGAUAGGAAUUUAUCACAGACUCAAUAUAGGGUAGGUCCUUUACUCCCUGAGAAAGAAGGAAGAGAUAACAUUCACUCUGGAUUAUAAAUACUCGAGAAGUAAAUUAUUCUUUCAAAUUUAUAGUGACUCCCCACAACACGCAGAUGAAAGCUCAGGUUCACAGAAAUGGGUCUUUGUAGAGGUCAGUGUGAACAAGCCAAGCCUACUCCUCCACAUUUAAACAGCCACACAUACCUCGACCACCAGCAGCCUACUCAAGCAACAGGACAGAGCCUGGCACUGCAUCACAUAGCCUAAGCAAUAGCUUGAGUGCCAAGGUAAGAAUCUGUGGGGAGGCUGUAAUCCACACCUGCGCUUCUGAGCGGGAGAUAGCAGCUUUGAGGCCAGCUGGGGCUAACGGAACUGGGCCUUGUGAGAUUAAAGAAGCGAGGAAAGUGAGGGCUGAAAGUCAGGUGUCUCAAAACUAGCAAAGCUGUUGAGACUUUCCCUCGGAGUUUAGGAGUUUAGUUACAUUUAACAGAACAACCCAGAUGACUAAAAUACAACUUCAUUCUGUUUUUAAUCAGAGACAGGUGGUUCGUGUAUUCAGGAGGUAGAAGUAGGUGGGUUUCUGAGUUUGAGGCUAGCCUGGUCUACAUAACAAGUUCCAGGCUAGCCAAGGCUUCAAACUGAACUCCUGGCUCUAAACAAAACUAAACAAAAUAAUUUCAAAAAAGACUGGAGAGAUGGCUCAGCAGUUUUGAGCACUGGCUGUUCUACAGGACCCACGUUUGAUUCCCAGUAACCACAUGGUGGCUCACAGCCAUCUGUAACUCCAUUUCUGGGGUCUGGUAUCUGGCCUCCUCAGGCACCAAGCACGCAUGUGGUACACAGAAUUCAGGCAACACACUAAAAGAAAAUAAAGUCUCUUAAACAUCGGAAUUUUGAUGAGAAAUUUGGAGAUCUGGUAUGUGGCUUAGCAGUUGAGCACCACUGUGUGUCUAGCCACAAUUAAAAAAAAAAACACAACAAAAGCGAUUUCUUGUCAGAAACACCACUUGGCAAGUGGCUAGUAUAUUUCUAAAAGAAUCUGUUUGUUUAGUGUGCAAGAAAACAUACUGAAAUCUAGCUCAGUACAUUUGUGCUAAAGUAUAUGUCACACAGAUGUGACCUCAUUAGUUGUAUGCUUUGUACCAUUAUUUCAAAGAGUGAGGCGAACAGGGUGGUGUUUUUGUAGCUCUGAUCACUUAACUGUUCCCUUCACGCAGAUCUGCAGUGCCGCUAAUGUAGGUGAUCUUCACACACCCAGAGUCUAGGCGCAGCUCAUGGAAGGAGAGAGUCCGUGGGUGUUGACAAGCCUUACAGCUUUUAUUCCCAAAGUUCUGUGGUCCAGAAAAUGAGUUCCUAGCUUUCCCAUGGCGUUGGGGCUAUUGUAUGGGGCCAGGCAUGUGGAAACACAGUCCCAUUGGUUUUGUCUUUGUCCGUCACUCAUUUUUACGACACUAUUUAGAGAAAAUUGACUAAAAUUUUGCCAUUCUUUGGUUUUGGGAAGCCCCCCUCUCUUUUUUUUUCCUUUUUUUCGGGGGGGGGGCAGGAGGGGAGUGUCUUUCUAUAUAGCCCUGGCUGACCUGGAACUCACUAUGAAGAACAGGCCGGCACUAAACUCCGCUUGCCUCGGCCUCCUAAGUGCUGAGACUAAAGGCAUGCCCCUGCACCUGGCCAAGCUAGGCUUAAUUUAUUUGUGAAAGUUAAUUCAUUUCAGAUACAUAGAUUUAAAAAAGAAAGUGAAUCUAUAGAUGCUAAAUAGAUCCCCUAAAUUUACUCUGUAUGGAUUUAGAUAAAUUUUCUCAUAUUUUCACAAUUAAAACAUUUAUAUUUAAUGCCAAAUACAAAUAAUUUCCAUGUUUCCAUUUUUAUUACCCUCUGCUGUUGUGCACACCAGCUCUGUUCAUUUUGCUGUUAGUCUAAAUAGUAGUAGCCUUCAGUGAAUUUUCUGUGGCUUUAAUUUUCCAGAAUCGUUUAAAAAAUAAUAAUAACCUAAAGUAUCCCACCAUUCCAGCAGUGUGGCUCCUCAAAAAUGUUUCCUAGUCUCUUGAGAGCACAGGAUUACAAUCAUGAGUCUGAAAUCUCCCGUACCCAUGGGAAAAAAUUAAUCCAGAGGCAGUAGCAGAGGCAUGCAUGUGUGGUUGUCAUCGCGGGGAGAUGCUUACAGUCAGGGGCAGCAGUCAGAGCAGUGCGCGGACUCCUGCUGAGAGCCUGGGCGCGGGCAACCCUCUUCUGUCUUCUGCUCUGACCACCUGCGCUGCUAAGAUCAAUUGGGAAAUACUGCUUUAAAAACAGUUACUGGAUUCAGUAAACAUGAGGCAGAGAGGGGGUGGUGUGAGCUUUCUAAAUACUGUUUUAGGACCUUAUCGUUUUAUCCUUUGCUGUUGACCAUAGGGAUCUGGCAGCUGCCCUCACUGGCCUGUUAACAGCCACAUGCUUGUUCGGUUUCUCUGGCUAAACCACACAGUGCAAUGAUAGCAGCUGAAGCUUCUGCCCGGAACCCUUCAGUCCUGUCCAAGGUUAGCGUUGGUGGCUUUGUAAUUCCUCUUUUUUUUUCCUCGCAAAACAAAUGAGAGCAUCGUGUUUACAUCACAUCUCCACAGCGUACAUGGCUUGACAGAGGCUUCUCUGUUUCUCAGUUUCAUAAACACUUAUUUAAUCCUUUAUUAAAUUGUACAGUGAGGUGCUCAAAGUAAUAGGCUAUAAAUAUAUUUAAUAGAAACUUGAGUUUGACAUUCAUGGGCAUAAAGAUGUGUCUGUUUUAAAAAAGAACUAAGUAUUGUGUAACACUAUGGCCAUGCUUCUGUCACCAAAGUAGAGAAACUUCUGGAACACCAGUAAAAAGCAACAGUUGAUUCUGAUACUGUGUCAUUAACAUGAUUGGCAUUUGGUCACAUUAUAUUGCGCGUCCAGCUGCAAGCCUUAAAGCCAACACUCUAGAGUUGUUUUGUGGUAGAACAGGCCACCUCUUCAGAAGAGCGCAGAAAGCUCUCUGGCACCUCAACCUUCAGAAGAACUGCAAAAUUAGAAUAAUUUAUUUUGCUUUAUAGGAGUUUGUCAUGUAUUGACUUAAAUACUGUAUUUUGGUAAUAAACUUUUUUGUUAAAAACA